CUGCUGUCUGAUCCUGUGAAGAAGCACACCAUCACAAGAUCUGGAUUUGCUCAGAGUUUCAUUGUGAAGUCAGUCAGCGAGUUUCUAUGUGACCAGUUUUCUUUUUCAUUUACAGUCUGCUCUUUUCUCUUUCUUGUGAAGACUCGAGAUAGAAUGGCCAAACCACUUCCAGCGCCUCCGAACACCUUCGCUCCCAGUUCUGACAGCGUUUAUUCAGACCAGUUUGGUUUUUACUCUAUGGACUCUAAGGUUCCGGGUCUUUCUCAGGUCAUCUUAGACAAACUCAAGAUGAAAGAUUACAAGGACUACAGGGCGGCUCUGGAGGGAAAAGGCAAAGUCGGGUUCUACUCUCAUAAAGAAAUGUUUCAGAACAUGGAGGAUACGUUUAAAUUCUGCGCCUGCUGCUCCAAACUCCCAUCCAACCUGCCAGAUCCCCGAGCGCUGAAACGCUGCAUCAAGUGUCUGAAUGUGUAUUACUGCAGUAAAGAGUGUCAGCGGAAGGAUUGGUCUCUGCACAAGAAAUUCUGUACAAUGCUUCAUAAGGUCUCCAUCGACCGGCUGGUGGAGUGGCUUGUUCACACAGGAGAUCUUCCUUUCUCUACGGAGGUGUGGUCUCGUCCUGCCAAAGACAUUAGAUGUUGGGAUGAUUGGCUCUCUAUGCAGGGCGACUUGACAUCACGCCUGGAGCCCGUCCUGUCCAUCAAAAACAUGACAGACCUCUGGACCAAUGUCUGCCGACCACGGCCGGAGGAGGCGGAGCUCCGUGAUUCCGUGUGGCGGGUGUGCAGCGAGUUUUUCUCUCGGGCACUGAGUGUGGGUCUGGGGAUUAAAAUGUCCCAUCUGGACCCUUAUUCCCGGCCUCUGACCAUACAUCUAGUUGGCGCAGGUCAUAAUGAGACCCUGGGAGCCCGAACCACAGACAUGGAUGAGCUCAGCCGCAUGUUCCCGGGGCACCAGGGACUGGAGGUGGUGAUGGUGGGGCCGGAGGUGGUGCAGGGACCCAUCAUGAGACCCCCGCUGAGGGCUUUCGGCCCGCGGGGGAGAGUGUACAUCAGUGCAUACAAGGGUCUUUACCAUCAGUUCUGGGAAGAAGUUAUUGAGAGAGGUGAAGCUGCUAAACCAGAUCUAGUGGUGGGAUUUCACCCAGGGUUCCAUGCAUCUCCCGGUUUGGGGGAGGGCUGGCUGCCCACAUUACUGCUAUUGAGAGAUUUUAACAUCCCAUCCAUCUUCACCAUGUACAAUAAGGCAGAGAUGGAGAAUUCUAUCCAGAUUCUGAUAGAAUUAGAAAUGGAUGUUAAAGAUACCGGCCCGAAUCCCUUCAGCUCCCAGAAACCAGAGCAGGUUCAGUCCAGGCCGAAUAAACCACCCAGUCACUGCAACGCCUUCUAUAUUUACUUUCAGGGUGCGCUGGAGACACAACAGGAGGAAGAAUAGUUCAACUAGACACAUGAACCUUCACUUUAAUUCACUUAUAAA